GUAUACAACAAAAUUUGUGUUAGAGAGGUAAGCUUUAAUAAUGACUUGAUUGAGAUGCCUAAUUCUACUUCUUAUGAAUCUAUUUCGAUUUUAGGAUUCAGCUAAACCUUUGGACUUCUCAUGAAGUUUGAUUAUUACAUUUUUAUUGUGAAUAAUUCUAUGAUCUAGGAGAAAUACAAUAUCACUGGAAAGAAACGUAGGCGCUUUGGAAGUAAUUUGAAGUACCAAGAUGCAAGUAAACCAAUAUUUGAGUACGUUAGUAUGUUAAAAUUACAGAAAAGAUAAAUAUUUGAUCUCUUUCACUCCAAAAAAUGAAAUUAGGAAAAACCUACUGAAUGGAAAAGAAAAGUUAAGUUUGCUAUUGGAUGAAGACAAAAUGAACAAGUCAACCUUCUCUCAAUUCUCCAACUUCAGAGAGAAAAAGCCUAACCAAUUUGCCAGAUCAUCACCUAGAGACUCUUACAACCUUAGCACAAAAGUGAGCUUAAAGAAUUCAGGAACAAAUGCUCCGGAUGAUUCAGAAUCCCUCAAAACUAAGGGAUCAGAGAAGUUUUACAAGAACUUUACACUAAAUCGUGGCUCAUUAUCCUGCCGACCAGCUUGUCAAAGAUCGAUCUCGACUUGUAGUAAAGACACCGAGCCAGUAAAAGUGAAUCUUUUUCCGGAGAAAGGAGUUAAGCCAAAAUUCCAGGUUUCUAAAUCAAAGAUUAAAGAAAUAGUCGAUAAAAUCCUCUCUGGAGAAUCUCCUAAUUUUGAAGAAGGCUGCUACGAAAUAAAGAAAUCAGAAAAGGGCUCUAGAUACCAGAAUAGUAAGAUAAAGCAAUGGAGAAGAUUCGUCCAAGACUCAGAUAUUCCACUUAAUUAUUUAUUUAAUGAUUCUAUGAAGCAAUCAAUUGGGCUUCAGAAGACUAAGAUAGAGGACGAUACGCUGAAUAGGUAUGACCCCCACGGAGUGAGGAUGAAAAUUUUGCCUGUAAUUUUCACGGAGAAUAAAAAUUUUAGCAGCAUAAAAGACGUCAAAGAUCUGAUUGAAUACGAAGUCAUGGAGACAGGGCAAUUGGCUGAAGAGGUGAUAUUCAAGAGAAAGAGGUUUUCUUUAGCUCCUCCAAAAAGAACUUCUCCUUUAGGAAACAAUGAUAGAAGUGGAAGCCCAAGAAAAAUUCCAAGGAUGAAGCAAUCUUUUAGAGGAAUCAAGACAGAGAAGCAUACCCAGUCUGGUCUUAACAAUAUUAUAAACUCCUUUGGAACAAUGGAAAGAGGAAACUUACAAGCUGAUACUAGUGACUUAGAGUUCAAUGUCGAUAUUAAGGAUUUGAAGCAAAGAAGAUACCUCAAAUUUCCCAAAGAGAAUGUCCAUGUCAACAGAUAUGUUAAACUAGUUAAAACGAUCACUUCUAAAUAAAGAAGAGCUAACAGAAGAAGAUGUUAUCAAAUAUUCUCAACCAAUAGUGAUCAAGCCUAACUUAAAAUACAUUACAGAACUAUAUACCACCAAGGAAAAGUUCAAACCAAAGGAAAAAUUCACUCCCUUCCACAAAAAACUACUCCACAUCAGCCCCAAGCACCAGACCAGCCCCAAAACUUACCAACCCACCUCCCAAACCCUUCCUCCCAACCCCUCAACCCAAAACACCCAUCCCAAAAAGUCAACUCUCCCCAUUUGUUCCUUAAAAUCUCCCCUCCUGGCCGCCUGUAAGAAAACCUCCUAGUACAAAUCACCAUAAUUCCUUCUGAAAGUUAUAAUCAA